GUCCAUGCAAGGCAGGAUCACAGCACAAGCGUUCAGUUUUGAUCAGCAGUUUAAGCCCUAUCAAAAGGAUGAAUUCGUUAUGGCAUUUUUUAAUGAUCAAAAUGUGAACUCCAGUUUAAAGGUGCUCUCGUCUUCCGGACAAUGGACUACACUGGGUUCCAAAGUGACAAAAAUUGAAGCUACAGUGGUGCCCUGUACACAGAUUUCCAUGUCAUUUUUUGAUCGGCUGUACUCUGAAGGAGUUGUUAGAGAAACUGGAGAUAUUGUGAAAUGUUACGAUGACUAUUAUAAUGAUAUUCUCAUCUCUGAUGAACUAAGGAAGGUCUUGCUCCUGGAAGAUUCAGACCAUUAUGACUUAUUCAGUCAGUCGGAUCGGAAGGAAUUUCUGUUCUGUCUUUUUAAGCAUCUUUGCAUUGGAGGAGCUCUUUGCCAGUUUGAAGAUGUAGUUGGCCCAUACUUGGAAACUACAAAAGCUUUAUAUAAAGACUUGGUGAGCGUUCGAAAGAAUCCUGAAACAAAAGAAAUAUGUAUUAUUUCUACAGUCUUCAGAGUGUCUGCAUAUGACGAUGGCGGCCUGUGUUACCCUUCAAGCAAAAGCCACGACCAGACGUUCGCCUACUUGGCUGUGGAUCCCUGCAAGCGACACGUGCACGCUCUGUAUCACUGUUUUGGAGGGAGCUUGUUUGCCACCUAG